UGUCGGAAUGUUCUCUCCUGUCUCCGUCUCUGCCAUGAAUCUCUACGACACUGAAGCAAGGCGGCUGGAUAAGUUCAUCUAUGACUAUCUCCAACCCAACCAGGCCUUCCUGUGGCAGGUGCGCAAGGCCAUCGACAUCAUCUGUGAGUUCCUGAAGAGAACGUGCUUCACAGACGCAACUUGCUCGAUAGUUCCCCGACCCCAGGUGCUGAAGGUGGUUAAGGGAGGCUCGUCAGGGAAAGGCACAGCCCUGAAAGAGGGUUCAGAUGCCGACCUUGUGGUAUUUCUAAACAUCUUCAAAGGCUACACAGACCAGGAAAGGGACAGGAAGAAGAUCAUCGAGGAGAUUCAGAAGCGGCUCAGAGAAUGCCAGGAACAGAUGAAUUUAAAUGUGUUGAUUGAGGAAUCAAAGUGGGACAACCCACGUGUGCUCAGCUUCAAGCUUCGUUCUUACGUCGUUGAGGAGUAUAUUGACUUUGAUGUGCUGCCAGCUUUUGAUGCUCUCGGUCAAUAUCAGGGCACCAAGCCUGACCCUCAGGUGUACAUUGACCUGAUCAGGAGCAGCGGCAGCCGAGGCGGUGAGUUCUCCACCUGCUUCACGGAGUUACAGAAGAAGUUCAUCAUUGAUCGCCCCACCAAGCUGAAGAGUCUCAUCCGGCUGGUGAAAUACUGGUACAAACAGUUGCCAAAGAGGAAGUUGAUGCCCCCCAAGUAUGCGCUGGAGCUGCUGGCUGUCUACGCUUGGGAAGAAGGAAGUCGAGAUACGGAUUUCGACAUGGCGGAAGGGUUCCGGACGGUGCUUUGGCUCCUCCAGCAGCACAGGCAGCUCUGCAUAUUUUGGACUAUAAACUAUGACUUUGAGGAUGAGACCCUCGGGCGCUAUCUACGGACCCAGCUCAAGAAACCCAGACCAGUCAUCUUAGACCCAGCAGAUCCAACCGGGAUCGUAGGAGAGGGAUGCCGCUGGGAUCUGCUUGCAGAGGAUGCAGCAUGGUAUUCUGUUCAGAAAUGUUGCAAGAACUUCAAUGGAUCCUUGGUACAACCCUGGGAUGUGCUGAGGAUGGAUGUGCACUUCGGCUGGCUCCUGGACGCUGCACUGCCCAAGCCCCUCCUCAAUCUUCUGGAUGACCUCCUCCUCGCCUCUUUCCCGGGCUGCAGAGCCUUGGAGGGUGCUCAGAAACACCACGAGGGAAGCAGGAUGGAUGUGCACUUCGGCUGGCUCCUGGACGCUGCACUGCCCAAGCCCCUCCUCAAUCUUCUGGAUGACCUCCUCCACGCCUCUUUCCCGGGCUGCAGAGCCUUGGAGGGUGCUCAGAAACACCACGAGGGAAGCAGGAUGGAUGUGCACUUCGGCUGGCUCCUGGACGCUGCACUGCCCAAGCCCCUCCUCAAUCUUCUGGAUGACCUCCUCCUCGCCUCUUUCCCGGGCUGCAGAGCCUUGGAGGGUGCUCAGAAACACCACGAGGGAAGCAGGAUGGAUGUGCACUUCGGCUGGCUCCUGGACGCUGCACUGCCCAAGCCCCUCCUCAAUCUUCUGGAUGACCUCCUUCUCGUCUCUUUCCCGGGCUGCAGAGCCUUGGAGGGAUGGCUGCGUCAUAUAACCAAUGGAAUGCGGAUUCGGAACCACUCCAGGGCUUCCAGAGCGUAUAGACGGGGAGGUGACAUCUACCAGGCUCAGUUGUUGAGACGCUGCCUCCCUGCCUCCUACUCUGCCAUGGAUCUCUACAAUAUUGAAGCAAGGUACCUGGAUACGUUCAUCUCUGACCACCUCCAGCCCAAUAAGACCUUCCGGGGACAGGUGCGCGGGGCCAUCAAGAUCAUCUGUGAGUUCCUGACGACAACGUGCUUCACAGAUGCGACUUGCUUAAUAAAUCCCCGUCCCCUAGUGCUGAAGGUUGUUAAGGGAGGCUCAUCAGCAAAAGGCACAGCCCUGAAAGAAGGUUCAGAUGCCGACCUUGUGGUAUUUCUUGACAUCUUCGAAGGCUACACAGACCAGGAAAGGGACAGGAAGAAGAUCAUCGAGGAGAUUGAGAAGAGGCUCCAGGAAUGCCUGGAACAGAAGGAUGUAGAUGUGCGGAUUGAGAAAUCAAAGUGGGACAACCCACGUGUGCUCAGCUUCCAGCUUCGUUCUUACGACGUCGAGGAGUAUAUUGACUUUGAUGUGCUGCCAGCUUUUGAUGCUCUCGGUCAUUAUAAGGGCGGCAGGCCUGACCCUCAGGUGUACGUGGACCUGAUCAGGAGCAGCGGCAGCCAAGGCGGCCGGUUCUCCCCCUGCUUCACGGAGCUGCAGAGGGAUUUCAUCAUCGAUCACCCCACCAAGCUGAAGAGUCUCAUCCGCCUGCUGAAACACUGGUACAGACAGUUGCCAAAGGGGGAGUCGCUGCCCCCCAAGUAUGCGCUGGAGCUGCUGGCUGUCUACGCCUGGGAACAAGGAAGCAAAAGGACGGAUUUCGACAUGGCGGAAGGGUUCCGGACGGUGCUUUGGCUCCUCCAGCAGCACAGGCAGCUCUGCAUAUUUUGGACUAUAAACUAUGACUUUGAGGAUGAGACCCUCGGGCGCUAUCUACAGGCUCAGCUCCGGAAACCCAGGCCAAUCCUCCUGGACCCGGCAGAUCCAACUGGGAUCAUAGGAGAGGGAAGCCGCUGGGAUCUGCUUGCACAGUACGCUGCGGAGUGUGCUUUUCAGGAAUGCUGCAAGAAGUCUGAUGGCUCCAUGGUGAAACUCUGGGAUGUGCCGGCCUCCGUCCCUGCGCUCUACGACACUGAAGCAACUAAGCUGGAUGAGUUUAUCUCCGACUCUCUUCAGCCCACUAAGCCAUUUCUGGACCAGGCGCGCAGCGUCGUGGACACCAUCUGUGCAUUCUUGAGGGAUAAAUGCUUCAAAAAUGCGCCCCAGCCCCAGCCCCGGGUGAUGAAGAUUGUUAAGGGAGGCUCCUUGGGGAACGGAACGGCUCUGAAAGGGGGCUCAGACGCUUCCCUCGUGGUGUUUCUGAGCACCCUCCAAGGCUCUGCAGCCCAGGAAAGAGGCGAGGAGGAGGUCGUCCAGAAGAUUGAGGAGGGGCUUGGGCAGUGCAGCGUCCAGGAGCCAGCCGAAGUGCACAUCCAUCCUCUGAAGCAGAACAAGGGGCGUGGUCUCAAUGUCAAGGUGCGCUCUUGGAAAUUUGCAGAGUCCCUUGACGUCGAUGUGUUGCUAGCCUUUGAUGCGCUCGGCCAGAACACGAAAGGCAAGAGGCCCGAUCCUCAGGUGUACGUUGAUCUGUUCAUGAGCAGAGGCAGCCGUAGUGGUCAGUUCUCCCCCUGCUUCACGGAGCUGCAGAGGGAUUUCAUCAUCAGUCGCCCCUCCAAGCUGAAGAGUCUCAUCCGGCUGGUGAAAUACUGGUACAGGCAGUACAUCCAUCCAUACGAAACGCAGCUCCAAAGUGGGGAGUCUCUACCCCCAGAGGACGUGCUGGAGCUGCUGGCUGUCUACGCCUGGGAACAAGGAAGCGGAAAGACGGCCUUCGACAUGGCGGAAGGGUUCCGCACGGUGCUUUGGCUCCUCCAGCAGCACAGGCAGCUCUGCAUAUUUUGGACCCUAAACUAUGACUUUCAGGAUAAGACCCUCAAGGGAUACUUGCAAGGGCAGCUCCGGAAAUCCAGACCAGUACUCUUGGACCCAGCUGAUCCAACUAGGAACCUUGGAGAGGGGAGCCGCUGGGAUCUGCUUGCUAAAGAAGCUGAAGGCUGUUCUCAACAGGGAUGCUGCAAGAACGUCAGUGGAUCCCUGGUUGCUCACUGGGAUGUUCCGCUGCAGGUCCCUUGGGCGGACAAAUGGUUCUACUGCACCAUACUGUGACGGGACCCCUUGCAGCCUCCUUGCAUGGGAUGAAGUUUGGAGGUGGGAGAACAUCUUUCAUGUUCUCCCAGGCCGGUUUUGUAAAAAGAAAAGAAAAAAUGCCUUGCUGUGGUUUCGGAAAACUAGUGGCCCCUCGGAGGCUGUGUGGACCCAAGGCCACGAAUGUACGUUCUCUUCCUGCGCUUCCUCCAGCGUAAAUGCUUUUGCACAUAUUUAUACAGGAAUGGCACUUGGUUGUCUGGUGUCACUUUGCACUGCACAUUGUUUAGCAUGUGGUUUUUUUGUUUUUGUUUUUAAUAAAGUAAACAGAUACCUUAA